GGAAAGGGGGGGAAACACCCCACUGAAAUUCUUAUUUUAAUGAAUGCACCAUAGAUAGCUAGAUAGAUAUAGAUGAAAGAGCAGUGUUCUUUUAGUCUGAUUUUUCUAUCCUUGGACCAAAAAAAAAAAAAAAAGUCUAAUACUGAUCAAUGUAGGAAGAAUCAAAAUACCAUGCAAGCCUCUGGAACUGGGAGGAUAACAGUCACCACCACCUCCAAUUUCUCUUGUGUUUGGCGAUUAUUAAAAAAAAAAGUAUAGACUGGGGCCACGAAUAAGGAGUCAUCCAAAAUUCAAAGCGGGGGAGCAGGCUUUUGUGGUGGUCGUGGUAGUUGUUGCUCGUUUCCUACUUGACGGGUGGAGUAGGUGGGCUUCUCUUCGUUAACUCACAACAGCUCUGUGUUCGAGGGUGUCAUAGGAGCAGCCAUAAAAAGUUGCAAUCGUUAGUUUCCCGCACCCCACCCCUCCUCGGAAUCUCCUCCUCCCUUCAUUUGGCCACCCACCAAACCCCAAACCCAGCAGAUGCCCGCACAAGACGGAGAACCCCUGAAUUCUCCAGGACGACCCUCCUCCUCCUCCUCCCUCCAGGAAGGACCGGAGGAGUUUCAGCAAACCCCUAGAGCUAUGCAGGUUUUCAGGCCUUUCCACCUGCAGCCUCAGAAUGUUUAUGAACACCUGGAAUUGACGCGGAGUCACUGAAAGAACAACAGCAGCAGCAGCAGCAGCAGCGAGGACCCAACUGCCCUGCCACCGCCCGGAAAAGUGAGGCGUGGUGGUGGUAGGUGGAGGGGGGGACCUCGAGUGAAGAAGUGGAAGAAGAGCCAAGACGCCCAUCUGCGGAGCUGGCAGCUGACUAUGGAAGAGCAGACGGACAGUAAAAGUCUGCGAGACUCUGCUCCGACUCCCGGCAGCCGCCCCAGCAGCAGCAGCCCCAGCGCCAGCGGCAGCGAUGGCGAGAGCGUGCCGCUGUCUCCCGGCAGCCACGCUCCCCUGUCCCCGGCCACGCCGUGCCUCGUCUCCCUGCCUCUCCACCCGCACCACCACCACCACCCUCCGCACCACCAGCACCAUCUCCCGCAGCAGCAGCAUCAGGCGCCUCCGCCUCCACAGCAGCAGCAGCAGCGGCCGCCGCCGCCUCCGCAGCAGCAGCAGCCGCAGCAACAGCACCGCACCACCAACUUUUUCAUCGACAACAUCCUGAGGCCGGACUUUGGCUGCAAGAAAGAGCAGCUCUUGCUCCUGGCCGGGACUGCGGCCGGAGGAGGAGGAGGUGGCGCCGGCGGCGGCGUGGGCAGCGGCCGGGACAGGGACCUUGACCGCGCGGCCAGCUCAGGUAGAGAAAAUGUCAACCCUCUGCUCGGCAGGCCCCCCAACCUUAGCGCGGAGUCGCACGGGAGCCCCGACAGCUCCUCCACGGCCUCCAAAGCCAGCCCCGCCGCGGCGGCCGCAGCGCUAGGGACGGCCAAGCCCCCCAUCUCCUCCUCCUCCUCCUCCUCUUCCUCUUCCUCCUCCUCCUCCUCCUGCUCGGAAGGGAGUGGAACUAACCCGGCGAAGUACGGGGAGCACGCCAACCCCGCCAUCCUGCUCAUGGGCUCCAAUAAUGGAGGAGCUGUUGCCAAGAGCGAUUCUCAACAGCCGCUGGUUUGGCCUGCCUGGGUUUACUGCACUAGGUAUUCAGACAGACCAUCCUCGGGUCCCCGCACGAGGAAGCUGAAGAAGAAGAAGAACGAGAAGGAGGACAAGCGGCCUCGCACCGCUUUCACGGCGGAGCAGCUGCAGAGACUCAAGGCGGAGUUCCAGGCGAACCGCUACAUCACCGAGCAGAGGCGGCAGACUUUGGCGCAGGAGCUCAGCCUCAACGAGUCGCAGAUCAAGAUCUGGUUCCAGAACAAGCGCGCCAAGAUCAAGAAGGCCACGGGCAUCAAGAACGGUCUGGCGCUGCACCUCAUGGCGCAGGGACUCUACAAUCAUUCCACCACUACCGUGCAAGACAAAGAGGACAGCGAGUGAGCGCGCCCAGAGAGCACAGACCUUGUCGGGUUUAUUUCGUUUUUUCGUUUUUUGAUGCUUAAUAUUAUUAUUAUUAUUAUAAUUAUAUUAUUAUUAUUAUUAUUAUGAACCUGAUCGCCAGGGAAGACAAAGAAUAACCAUACAAAGCAAAAGAAAAGAAAAGAGGAACAAUUAAAAGAGAGAGAGCGAGAGGACAAUUUGGGAAAAGACAAAACACACGACAAACACAAAAGGACUUCUUUCCUGCAGUGACACACAUUUGUGGGGGACUUGGAAGGGUGCUAUUUAAGAGAGAGAAAAGAAUCAAAUUUAUUGUCUAUUCAUAGUUAUAAGGAUUCCGAUUUAAAACAAAACAAAAACCCCGAACACUUACAAACAAAAAGUUAUCUAUAUAGCCAAACAUCGUAUGAUCUUGUAUAUAUUUAAUUUCAGGUAAGAAAUGAUGAUGAUGAUAAUGAUGUGUAGCGUUUUUCUAUUCGCUCAGCCGUUGAUCUCCCCCCUCCCCGCCCACCAGCUCCACUUUGGUCUCUCCCCCCCACGUCUUCUUUUUCUUAAUUAUAGCUCUCAACUCCUCCAGCCCCCCCCCAGCCUUCUGAUUUUAAAGAAUUUGUCUGGCUCUUCCCGACUUCCCUGCUCCCCCUUUCUUCUUUUCCCUGUCGCGUUUUCGUGUGUGCCUUUCUCCCUCUCUUUCAUUUCGUGCGUGUGCGUGUGGUGUUUCUUUUUCUUCUUCUUCUUCUUCCUCCUCCUCCUUCUUCUCUCCCCCCCCACCCUACCGAGUAAGAACAAUAACACUAUGACCCACAGACUGCGAGACUGAACCCCUUGCUGCAAGCCAAAGAUUUUUUUCUUAUGUUCAGAAAUCUGUAGUCUGAAAUAAAGUGUAGAUUGUGUUCAGGAUAUAUACCGAUUCUGUAAUUCUUCUCUGUUCUCCAACCCCACUCCCCCUUUAAUACAUUAAUAUAUUAAAAUA